GAACAUAAAUUGUGAUGAUGAUUCAUGAAAGGAUGGUCACAUGAGAUGGUCAUGGGGUCAUGAGAGAGAUGCCUCAAAGCCCCCACCUUCCAUGCAAAAUUAAUCUCUCUUAAGACAAAAACAAACACAAACACACAUAACAUACUCUCUCUCUCUCUCUCUCCGUCUCUCAAACGCGCACAGAAGGAAGGGAGGAAGGAACAGCCCACUCACUGUCAAUGCACCCAAAAUAGAAUCCCACACAAGCACCACAGUGGUGCUCACCAAGGUACAGAGAAGCAGAGGAAGAGGGGGAGAGAGAGACAAGUAAUUGAAGAAGGUGAAGACAGAAGGGGUCCUACUGCUUAAUUUUUGGCGGGCAGCAACGGUCACCAUCAAUGAUUUUAUUUGGGUGGUGGUGGCUCUCAAUGACCCAUCUAAUCACACUUGCAUAUUGCUGGGGAUCUUGAUCCAAACCACCACCCCCCACCCUCAAGCUCUCUUUGUCUCCAGCCUUUGUUAUUAUUGUUGUUAUUUUCUUUAUCAGAAGAAAAAUUUGCUGGUGGGUGUGGCUGCAGCCAGCAGAUUCAAGUUUCUUUGUGUCCUUGGGCUGAAGGGAUCAUAGCAGAUCUCAUUCUUAUGAGGAGAUUUUUUACUCUAGUGGAUGUGCUUCUGGUACUUCUUUUGUUCAGUGAAGCUCCAUGGGCUGUCUGGGGCAGCCCACAUUGUGACCAGACAAGCUCAGGGGUAAUUCGACCUCACAGUGUUGCCAUUACAGAAUUUGGGGCUGUUGGAGAUGGGGUCACGCUCAACACCAAAGCUUUUCAGAAUGCCAUAUUCUAUCUCAAUUCAUUUGCUGACAAGGGCGGGGCCCAGCUUUUUGUCCCAGCUGGCCGGUGGUUGACAGGGAGCUUUGAUCUCAUCAGUCAUCUAACUUUGUGGUUAGACAAGGAUGCAGUGAUUCUUGGAUCUAUGAACUCUAAUGAUUGGCCAGUCAUUGAUCCUCUACCAUCAUAUGGCCGAGGCAGGGAGUUGCCUGGUAGAAGGCACCGAAGCCUCAUUUAUGGAUGCAAUUUGACAGAUGUUAUUGUUACAGGUGACAAUGGAACUAUUGAUGGUCAAGGCAGCAUAUGGUGGAAUUGGUUUCAAAAGAAAACCCUGAACUAUACUCGGCCACAUCUAGUUGAGUUCAUUAACUCAACUGGGGUUGUCAUUUCAAAUGUGACCUUCUUGAAUUCACCAUUUUGGACCAUCCAUCCUGUAUAUUGCAGCCAAGUCAUUAUCCAGAAUGUUACAAUCCUUGCUCCUCUUGAUUCACCAAACACUGAUGGCAUUGAUCCAGACUCUUCCAAUGAUGUUUGCAUUGAAGACUGUUAUAUUAGUACUGGUGAUGAUCUAAUAGCCAUCAAAAGUGGGUGGGAUGAGUAUGGCAUUUCAUAUGCUCGUCCAAGUACAAAUAUCAUCAUCCGCCGGCUAGUUGGAAAAACCAACUCAAGUGCAGGGAUUGCAAUUGGGAGUGAGAUGUCUGGAGGUGUAUCAGAAGUUCAUGCAGAAAGCCUCCAGUUCUUCAAUUCAAAGACAGGUAUCAGGAUAAAGACAUCUCCUGGUCGGGGUGGUUAUGUGAGAAACAUCUAUAUAUCAGACAUGAACUUGGUUGAUGUAAAGAUAGCGAUAAGGUUCACUGGUCAGUAUGGGGAGCACCCAGAUGAGUUUUAUGACCCAACUGCUCUUCCCAUAAUAGAAAAUAUUACUGUAAAAGAUGUCAUGGGAGAGAAUAUUAAAUUUGCAGGCCUUUUAGAGGGUAUAGAAGGGGAUAAUUUUGUCAACAUUUGCCUCUCCAACAUCACUCUCAAUGUAACUUCAGAAUCUCCAUGGAACUGUUCUUAUAUUCACGGAUAUUCUGACUUGGUUUCACCAGAGGCUUGUGAACCUCUGGGAGAGAGAAUCUACCCUGGGCAUGUCUUGGACUGUUACCAUCUUCCUACUCACUUAUGGAGCAUGAGUAAUAGAAAAAGAAGUAGUUGGUUGCGGUCAUGGUAAAUAAGUGAGAAUACAGCAUGUCAUACAAUGUUGAAGUCACCUUCUACUGUGAAUGUUUCUGAUUUUAGUUGAAAAUUUGUUAAUUGCCAUUUCUCAACACAACUGCCCAUUGCCUCGCCGAAGAUUGCCCGACACUUAUAAAAGGUUCAGGUGGAGUUGCUGAAUUUAUGGUUGUUGACUUGUGAGAUGGUAUUGAGAGAUGAUUGUUUCUUGUAACUUUGUGUGCAGUAACAAAUAAUCGAGUGAUUCAUCAGUAAUUGGAAAUAGAAUGAGCUUUUUCCCUUUUCUUUUGAUUCUGUUCUUUUGUUUUGUCAAUUUUCCCUAUGAAAUUUUGUAUGCAGUAAGAACUGAUUGUUCGUUA